CCCUCAUAGAGGAAGAAGAAAAUAAACGGAGGAGCUUUGAAUCAUGUCUAAGUUCAGCACAGUAAUUUGGCCUAAAGUCGUUUUAUUUGGUGACUCCAUCACACAGUUUUCCUUUCAACCCAAUGGAUGGGGAGCAGAAACUGCAAAUAAACUUGCAAGGAAAUGUGAUGUUGUGAACAGAGGAUUGUCUGGCUAUAACUCCAGAUGGGCAAAGAUCGUCCUUCCUCGCCUCAUCAGCAGCCAGAAUCCAGCAGAAAAUAACAUAGCAGCUGUUACCGUAUUCUUUGGAGCGAACGAUGCUUCGCUGGAAGAUAAGAACCCACAGCAGCACGUCCCUCUAAAGGAGUAUUCAGACAACCUGAAGGAGAUCAGCAGGUUUCUGACCUCAGCUGGUGUUCCAGCAGACAAAGUAAUCUUUAUCACUCCUCCUCCGAUUCACGAGCCGGCCUGGGAGAAGGAGUGCGUCCUCAAAGGAUGUCCUCUAAAUCGGCACAACUCGGUGGCAGGACAGUACGCUCAGGCAUGUGUUCAGGCGGCUGGUCAGUGCGGGUCGGACGUCCUGGACCUCUGGACGCUCAUGCAGAAAGACGGACAAGACUUCACCGCCUACCUGUCAGAUGGGCUGCACCUCUCAGAGAAGGGAAACCAGUUUGUGGCGCAGCAUCUCUGGAGCAUACUGGAGAGCCGUGUGGCUCAUUUGCCCUUCAUUCUGCCUUACUGGGGAGACGUGGAGACCAGUAGCCCAGAGAGCAGCCUCCUCUGCAACUCAUGAAGCAGAGAACGUCUGGAAAAGCUUAAAAACAAGCAGUGGACUUUAGAAUGAUCAAAGUAUUAGCUAAUAUCUUUGGAUUUACAGCAAGUGGAAUCAAAACUCUACUGUGAAGUAUUAGCACCGGGGGAGGAUUCAGAAAUUUGUAGAUUAAUCUCAGAAAUUUUCUAGAAAAAAAAAAAUUUUUUGAGUUGCAAAUUUGUUUAGAAAAAAUCAGAAACUG